AUGGAAACUGUAGAAAUGAAUAGUGUAUCCUUGAAACGUCCUCGCUCUGAGGAUGAUGUGGCUAAUGCAGACGAAAUUAAAAGACAGAAGAUCUCAGAGAAGUCUAAGACAGGGAACGACUCUGGGCAGAGCGUUGAGACUGUAACAGAACAACCUGACAAAUGUCUGCUUGAGGACACGAAAAAUGAAAUAAUCCCCAAUGAGGAAAGUGAGGAGCAGGAAGAUGAGGAACUAGAGGACAGUGAUGAAGAUGGAGAUCCAGAGAGCUUUGCAGACAUGAUGAAGCAUGGACUGACAGAAAGUGAUGUUGGCAUAACUAAAUUUGUUAGCUCUCAUAAAGGGUUUUCUGGAAUCUUGAAAGAGAGAUAUUCGGACUUUGUUGUCCAUGAAAUAGGCAAAGAUGGACGUGUGAGCCAUUUAGAUGACUUUUCUGUUCCAGUGGAUGAUGAGGACCCAUCAGAAGAAACAUUUACAGUUUUGUCAGAUGAAGACAAGAAGCGUUUAGAGGAGCUCCAGCUUCUUAAGAAUAAGGAAACUAGUGUUGCCAUAGAGGUAAUUGAAGACACCAAAGAAAAAAGAACAGUUAUCCAUCAGGCUGUGAAAUCCUUGUUUCCUGGACUGGAGACUAAAACAGAAGAUCGAGAUGGAAAAAAAUACAUUAUUGCUUAUCAUGCUGCUGGGAAAAAAGCACUGGCAAAUCCAAGAAAACACUCUUGGCCAAAAUCUAGGGGAAGCUACUGCCACUUCGUACUGUACAAGGAGAACAAGGAUACUAUGGAUGCCAUUAAUGUCCUGUCUAAAUUUUUGAGAGUGAAGCCAAACAUAUUUUCGUACAUGGGAACUAAAGAUAAAAGGGCUAUAACAGUUCAAGAGAUCGCUGUUCUCAGAAUCACUGCACAAAGACUUGCUCAUUUGAAUAAAUGUUUGAUGAACUUCAAAUUAGGAAAUUUCAGUUACAAGAACCAUCCACUGAAAUUAGGAGAGCUGCAAGGGAACCAUUUCACUGUUGUUCUCAGAAACAUAACAGGAACUGAUGACCAGAUAGAGCAAGCAAUGCACUCUCUCAGGGAAAUUGGGUUCAUUAAUUACUAUGGAAUGCAAAGAUUUGGAACCACAGCUGUUCCUACGUAUCAAAUUGGCAGAGCUAUUCUACAGAACAAUUGGAAUGAAGUAAUGGAUUUGAUAUUAAAACCACGACCAGGAGCUGAAAAGGGAUACUUAGUAAAAUGCAGAGAAGAAUGGGCAAAGACUAAAGAUCCAGCAGCAGCCCUCAAGAAACUACCCGUAAAAAGGUGCGUGGAAGGACAGCUUCUACGCGGACUCUUAAAGUAUGGAAUGAAGAACAUAAUCUCUGCAUUUGGCAUAAUACCAAGAAAUAAUCGCUUAAUGUAUAUUCAUAGCUACCAGAGUUAUGUGUGGAAUAACAUGGUGAGCAAGAGAAUAGAAGAAUACGGCCUUAGAGCCGUACCAGGAGAUCUCACGCUUAAAGGAGCCACAGCUGUUCAUAUCGAAGAAGGAGAUGUUGAUAACUACACUAUCCACGAUGUAGUGAUGCCAUUGCCUGGAUUUGAUGUUAUUUAUCCAAAGCAUAAAAUUGGUGAGGCCUACAAGGAAAUGCUAGUAGCUGACAAUCUUGAUAUCAACAACAUGAGGCAUAAGAUCAGAGAUUAUUCACUUUCUGGAGCAUACAGAAAGAUUAUCAUUCGACCUCAGAAUGUCAAUUGGGAGGUUGUUGCAUAUGAUGAUCCCAGAAUCCCAUUAUUUACUACGGAUUUGGAUAAGCUGGAAGGAAAACCAUUACCAGUUCUUCCUACAUAUGGUAAAUUCAGGGCACUAAAGAUGGAGUUCUCCCUUCCCCCAUCCACUUAUGCUACCAUGGCAAUCCGAGAAGUUUUGAAAAUGGACACAAGCAUAAAAAACCAGACACAAUUGAAUACUACCUGGUUACGCUGAAUGAACUGCAAAAAAUACUUAGAUUUUAACAUAUAUAAGGUGUUUUCCUAUUUACAUGUUCCGUACAAAUCUUUAAA